GUUCUUUCUUGUCACCUGGAGCUGGACCUGACGAUGGCAUACCAUCUCAUCUCUUCACCACUGUUCCUUCUCGCACAAUUGCUCGCCGUCGCCGUCCCUCUCCUUCUGCUCCUGCUUCACCAACGCUCAUCAAUUCGCCGCCGUCGUCGCAGCAGCAGCAGCAGAUCGGCCAAGCAGGGAGGACAGCUCCUGCCGCCUUCGCCCCCGGCGCUGCCCAUCAUCGGCCACCUUCACCUCGUCAGCGACCUCCCGCACGUCUCCCUCCGUGACCUCGCCGCCAAGCAUGGUGGGGACGACGGCCUGAUGCUGCUCCGUCUCGGCGCUGUUCCCACCCUCGUCGUGUCAUCGCCGCGGGCCGCGGAGGCGAUCACGCGCACGCACGACCACGUGUUCGCGUCGCGGCCCACGUCCACUCUCAGCGACGAGAUCCUGUACGGGUCCUCCGACAUCGCCUUCUCCCCCUACGGCGAGCACUGGCGGCAGGCCAGAAAGCUGGUCACCGCGCACCUCUUCACCGUCAAGAGAGUGCACUCGUACCGCCGCGCCCGCAAGGAGGAGGUGCGCCUGGUGGUAGCCAAGGUGCGGGAGGCGGCGGUGGCGGGCACGGCCACGGACAUGAGCCUUGCCAUGAACACGUUCGCCAACGAUAUCAUCAGCCGCGCCGUGUCCGGCAAGUUCUUCCGGGCGGAGGGCCGGAACAAGCUCUUCCGGGAGCUGGUGGAGGCCAACUCUGCUCUGUUCGGAGGGUUCAACCUGGAAGACUACUUCCCGGGGCUGGCGAGGGCGUUAGGUUUCCUUAGCAGAAGGCUGUUGUUUCUGCGCAACAGGCGGCGGGUCCAGGAGACGCACAGGAGAUGGGACGAGCUGCUCGAAACCAUACUGAGCGACCACGAGGGAAGAAGGGGUUCUGUCUCUGUGGACGGUGGUGGUGACUUCACCGACGUGUUGCUCUCGGUUCAGACAGAGUACGGAAUGACCAGAGAUCAUCUCAAGGCCAUCUUGGUGGACAUGUUCGGUGCGGGCACUGACACGUCAUCCUUGGUCCUAGAGCUCGCCAUGGCCGAGCUGAUGCGCAACCCACAGCAGAUGGCCAAGCUACAAGCUCAAGUUCGGAGGCACACACCGGAGGGGCAGGAAACGGUGGAGGAAGAGAACCUAUCCGACAUGCCCUACCUGAGAGCCGUGGUGAAGGAGACGCUGAGGCUGCACCCACCUGCCCCGCUCCUCGUCCCUCACCUGUCCCUGGCGGACUGCGUCGUCGAUGGCUACCACGUCCCCUCCGGCACCCGGGUCAUCGUCAACGCCUGGGCUCUUGGCAGAGACCCGGGCUCGUGGGAGAAGCCAGAGGAGUUCCUGCCGGAGAGGUUCAUGGACGGCGGCAGCGCUGCUGGCGUCGACAUCAAGGGGAACCACUUCCACUUCUUGCCGUUUGGAGCUGGACGAAGGAUUUGCCCUGGCCUCAACUUUGGGAUGGCUACGGUCGAGAUCAUGCUAGCAAACCUCGUGUACUGCUUCGACUGGCAGCUGCCCAUGGGCAUGGAGGAGAAGGACGUUGACAUGACGGAGGUGUUUGGACUCACGGUGCAUCCAAAGGAGAAGCUCAUGCUUGUUCCCAAGCUUCCUGCUACUGCUGCACCUACUGCAACUGCUCGUCAACUCCAUCCUCCAAGCUGCUGACGAUCGAAGGAAAACUGCAUGCAGCGGGUGUAGAGGACGAGCACGUACGUACGUACAAUGCACAUGCCAAUGGUGAAGUGAACUACACUCUACAGAGAUAUAGAUGGUUUGGAGUUUGGAUUCCAUGUAUAUAUAUAUCUAUUAUUAUACUAGGAAAAGAUGUCCGAGUGUUGCUAUCGUACGGGUCAUGUAAACUAUGUUAAUCUUAUGUGUGUGUUUACUUAUAUAGUAAUAAAAAAAGCUAUUUUG